GGGCAGACUCCAUUACACCAUGCUGCAGAGGCAUGGAAGGGAGAGGAAGUUGCUUCGUUGUUGUUGGCUAAGGGUAAUCCGGACCUUGAGGUCCAAGACAUGGGAGGGAGAACGCCGCUGCACUGCGCUUCCCAACUGGGAUCGGAAGCUCUUGUUUCUUUGCUACUAGAUGAAGGCGUCGCUAAUGCCAACUGUCGAGACCUGGAAGGACGGACCCCUCUGUCCCUUGCCGCUCAGCGAGGGCAAUUGCAGAUUGUUGACAAGCUGAUG